AUGGAGAAAACGUUUUGGAAGAUACCAUUCAUUGAGUGGCAAGUCAGUUUAGAUGAGACAUCACAAGAUUUGACCACUUUCUUAACGCCAUUCGGUCGUUUCAAGUUUUUAAAAUUGCCCUUUGGUAUAAGUUCAGCACCAGAGAUUUUCCAACAGUUAGUGAACAAGACCCUCAAUGGACAAAAGAAUGCAGUUGCUCAUAUGGAUGAUAUCAUUGUUUGGGGAAAAACCAAAGAAGAACACGAUCAUGCUCUUGAAGAAGUACUUGGAAAGCUUCAAAAUGCAGGCUUUACUCUAAAUAAAGGCAAGUGCCAGUUUUCACAAAAGUCUCUCACAUUUUUAGGCCACCAAUUAUCAAGGGAUGGUAUCAAAAUUGAUGAAUCAAAGGUGGAAGCCAUAACAAAAUUGCCUCCUCCUACUAACAUAGCAGGUGUGCAAAGAUUUAUUGGAAUGGUAAAUUUUGUAGGAAAAUAUAUUCCAAAUAAAAGCCAAAUACUUAAACCAAUUACAGACCUUUUAAGUACAAGAAAUGAAUUUGUUUGGGGCAAAACACAAAAUAUAGCCUUUGAAGAGAUAAAGUCACUUCUUGCUUCCGCUCCCCAACUGGCGUUCUAUGAUUCUAGCCGCCCUACCAUGGUGUCUGCUGACUCAUCUCAAACAGGUCUUGGUGGAGUACUCUUUCAGCAACAAGUAGACAACAAAUGGAAACCUAUUUCAUACAUCUCAAGAACACUUACUGAGAGCGAAAAAAACUACUCCAAUAUAGAAAGAGAAGCCCUUGCUGUAACCUGGAGCUGUGAUAAACUAAAACAAUACAUAAUUGGCAAAGACAUAAUCAUUGAAACAGACCACAAACCUCUCGUUAGUAUUCUAACAAACAAAGAUUUGAAUGACCUAACACCCCGUAUUCAGAGACUACGUCUAAGACUUAUGAGAUACUCCUAUAGAGUUACAUACACUCCAGGAAAACAUCUUGCGACAGCCGACUGUCUUUCAAGAAGCCCUCUGCCUUCUAAAGAAUCAUACGACUUAGAAAAAGAAGUUGAAUUUGCUGUUAGUUCAGUAAUUACAAAUUUGGGUACAACCGAUGCUAUAAUCCAGAAAAUAUGUGAUGCACAAAAAUCAUGCCCGAUUCUCCGAAGAAUUCAGCAGUUUUGCUCCUCUGAAUGGCCGGACAAAUCCAAAUUGCCUAAUGCAUUAAAACCUUACUACCCAGUCCGCCACGAAAUUUCCUUCUGUGAAGGUGUUUUGCUGAAAGGAGAUAGACUCAUUAUUCCUAGUGACCUAAGACUUGAUAUGCUAAAUAGAAUUCAUUCCGGACAUUUUGGAAUCAGUAAAUGCCGACUUAGAGCAAGUCACAGCAUGUGGUGGCCAGGUAUAUCUUCGGACAUAGAACAAACGGUUAAUGAGUGUCCUAAAUGCACAGAAUUUAGAUCCCAGCAUCAUGAACCACUAAUGACAUCUGAAAUUCCUUCUCGUCCAUGGGAGAAAGCAUGCAUCGAUUUAUUCAAAAUUGAUGGGACUUGGUUUCUAGUAAUGACAGACUGUUACAGUCGAUACUUUGAAAUAGCAACAUUAAAAACAUUAACUACAAGUGAGAUAAUAGAGAAAUGCAAAUCAAUUUUUUGUCGCCACGGAAUACCUGUCGAACUUAGAUCAGACUGUGGAACUCAGUUUGCUUCCCAGCGGACAUGCUUAGAAAAUUCUGAGUUUAAAGUUUUUGCACAAAAGUACAACUUCAAACUAACAACAAGCAGUCCCGGACAUCAUCAAAGUAACGGCUCUGCAGAAGCUGCUGUAAAAAUAGCUAAAAGUGUCUUACGAAAGAACAAAGAAGACCCAUACCUUGCACUCCUAUCCUACAGGAACACACCCCUUACAGCCAACGGGCUUAGCCCAGCACAACUUUUGUUCAACAGGAGGUUACGAGAUAAUUUACCUGUAUUGCCACAGAAGCUUUCUGAAAGACCUGACUUAUCCAGUUUCAAGAAGAGGGAGGAAAAAUACAGAGAAUCCUACAAAAAUCAAUAUGAUAAGCAUCACGGUACCAGGGAUUUACCCCAGUUGCAACGAGGACAAAAAGUGUGGAUCAAAGAUCUAAAACGUCAGGGUACAAUAACAAACCUAGCCAAUGAGCCAAGAUCUUAUUGGGUAAAUACUGAAAGAAACACAGUACGCCGAAACAGAUACCACUUGAUUCCGUACAAAAGCCAAACCAGUCCUGAACAAUCAGCAAGUAUUACUCCACUUCCUUUCUCUAAAAAUAACGAUCAGUCUCCGAAAACUCCUAUAGACUUAAACAAUGAACGGAGCUUACUCAAAACCCCUACCUCUCAAACCAACAACACUAAUCAGAGUAAUCAGAAAGCACCAAGACAAGUCUCUAGAAAUACCAGUACACCAACUUUCAAUACAAGGCUGUUUGUAAACAAUAACAAUCCUUCUUAUUCACAACCAAGUCUCCAAUCUAAUGAAGAAGUUAGAACAAGGUUUGGAAGAAUCGUGAAACCUGUGAAAAGAUACGAGGGCAACUAA